AUGCCCUCUUCUAAAAAUUAUGAUAUCGUGGUCUUAGGAGCCACUGGAUACACCGGAAGGUGUUGUGCUGAACAUAUCGUUCAAAACCUCCCUGCGAACCUAGGAUGGGCUGUUGCCGGAAGAUCAGCCCAAAAGCUCGAGGUGCUUGUUGCUGAGUUAGAAACAAUUGGGAGUGAUAGAAAAGCUCCAGAAGUGCUUCCUGUUCAGCUUGACGGCUCUGAUCUAGACUCUCUUGCGAAGAAAACGAAGGUUUUAAUUAAUUGUGUGGGCCCGUAUCGCUUGUACUCAACGCCAGUGGUAAAAGCCUGCGCGGAAAAUGGCACGCAUUACCUUGACGUGACUGGAGAGAUUCCAUGGGUGAAAGAAAUGAUUGAGAAAUUUGAUGGUGUGGCUAAGAAGACGGGCGCAAUUAUGAUACCAACAGACGGGUUUGAAAGUGCACCAGCGGACCUCGUGACUUGGUCAAUGGUCAGAUUGAUCAAACGACAGUUUGGAGUUAAAGCAAACGACGUUAUCUUAUCCAUUUAUGACCUGAAGGGCGCCGGUAUAAGUGGAGGAACUGCUGCUUCUGUUCUAGCUAGCUUUGAUUUCCUAUCGCUGAAGGAGAUUCGGGCUACAAAUGACCCAUAUUGCCUCUCCGCCUCGAAGCCAGAUAAAAUGCCAUCAACACCUAUUAUGCGAAGGCUUUUUGGUGCGCAUUAUGUUAAAGAUAUUGGUACCGUUACCACGGCUAUUCCGGCAAUGAUAGAUACUCCUAUAGUGCACAGAAGCAGCUCCCUAAUGCCUGAUUUGUACGGGCCAAAUUUUCAUUUCCAGGAAUUUACAAAGGCUCGGAACACUCUCUUGGGUGUUAUCUUACACUGGUGUAUUGGAAUCGUUGCUGUCGGCCUUAUGCUUCCGCCAGUCCGAUGGCUGGCGCGGAGAUUCGUUCCCGAGCAAGGGCAGGGCCCUUCGAAAGAAGAUACAGUUUCAGACCAUGUUGAAUAUCGCGGUGUAGCAACUGCUAUUUCUGGAAACAAGCCUAUCCGGGUUCUAGGGAGGCUUGCAUAUCAGGGAGCCGCGUAUCCUAUGACAGGCAUGCUAGUGACAGAGGCGGCUAUGGUCCUACUUUCCAGUGAAAGGGUUGGCACAGAGCUUACUGGAGGCUUUUUAACUCCAGCCGUAUUAGGUGAGGAGUACACUGAUCGAAUAGAAAAGUGUGGUGUUGUUAUCGAAACUCGGGUUCUGGAGGGCUAA